UCUCACUCUAAACAAAAGAAAACUAAAAAACUGCACAAAAGAAACAAAAGAGUCAGCUGUUUGAGAACGACAUCCGAUAAGUGUAAACAUGCGGCCACAUAGAAAAUACUAUGAUUUGAAUAAUGAUAACGACGUUCAAGCUGCAUUAGACCUCUUAGACGAUUCUGAUGCAGAUUUCAGUGACGAUAAUGAUAUUGAUGAUGAAACUUGGGUACCAUUCAACAUUUUCCCAGAAUCUCCAGCAAGUGGUGAAGAUGAUAAUGAGAAUGCAACUGCAUCUCAUGCAUCUGCAUCUGCAUCUGCGACUGCAUCAGCAAUUUCUCAGGACGAUUCAAGUGUAGCAGCUCCGCAAACAUCACGGCCAAUCAUUAUUUCUAAUAUUUUGUUAAAUGCAGCACAGCCAUCAUCUAUCAGAAAUGUUUCACUAAAUAUGACUCUGUCAUGCACUUCCACAAGUAAUACAGCGAAAAGACGCCAACUAUAGAAAAGUGCUCCAUUUGAUUGCAACGAUCUACCCAUUGCAUCUGGUUGUCAAAACAUAGCAUUAGGGAAAACACCAUUGGAGUACUUCAAGAAUUACUUCCCAGAAUCGCAUUACGACGAUGCUAUAAAAUUUACAAAAAUGUACGUUAUGAGCACACGUGGGCAGGAAGUCCGAUAUCAACAAGCCGAUUUUAAACGAUUUUAUGGAUGCGCAAUGAUAAUGGGGUGUCUUGGAUUUCCGAAAAUAAGAAUGUACUGGUCACAUGAAUGCCAAAUUCCUGCAAUUUACAAUUCAAUGUCACGUGACAAAUUUUUGCAAAUGCGAUCGGACAUUCACUUUGCAGAUGUUUCUGUGCCAGACCCCUGUAACAAAUUAUGGCGUGUACAACCUGUGAUCGAUUUAGUAAGAAACCGUUGCAAUAAUUUAGCAACUGAAAUAACACAGUAUUCAAUGGAUGAACAAGUUAUUCCAUUUACUGGAAGAUGUCCUGCGCGUCAAACAAUUCGAUCAAAACCAAGACCUGCUGGUCUAAAAAAUUUGGUAUGUGAAACUGCAAGUGGCAUGAUAGUGGACUUUGAAGUUUUUCAAGGCGCUGGCACUUUUCAAGACUGUGGUUUCGGGCAUGGCCCGUCUAUUAUAAUGAGGCUAACAAAACACCUUCCAAAAGGCAGCCAUAUAUGUACAUAUAUUUUGAUCGCUUUUUCACAACAAUACCCCUCAUUCAGUCGUUGCACCAAAUCGGUUUCCAUGGAACAGGAACUAUAAUGGCAAAUCGAUUGGA